GCCUUGCAUAAGUCAUGCAUUCAACCGACUUGAUAAGAGACUCCAUCUGCUCGGUGAGAGAUAAGAUAAGGGUUAUUUAUGGCUCGAUGUUUGUGCAGGCGUUCCAAGGCUAAAGUGGACGAAGUGCGGUUGACCAUCAUGAAGAAGAAUUGACUGUGACAAGUCCAGCAUUCUAUAAACAAUGACUUGCUGGUCAAUUGAGCAUCAUUCACCUUGAAGGGUCGAUACCUCCAUACCCCGCAAAUAGCUGAGGGAUUGGAAGUAGAACGAGACAGGAAGAAGAGGAGGCCGACUCCAUUCGGCCCCGCAUUUUGCCACGAGAAGCCGAAGACUGCAAUUGCACUGCAUCAACCAGCACUUCCACUUUCAUUUUCACUCUCACUUCCCCAACAAACAAGGACAGCUUCCUCUUCUUCUUUUCACUUCUCCCAAUCCCUUACUCUUCAAACUCACCGGAAGUCUACAUCAUGAGCGUCAGAAGUCGCACCGGCUGUUUGAAUUGCAAAAAGCGCAAGCGCCGUUGCGGAGAAGAGAGACCGGCUUGUACAAACUGUGAGGUUAGAGGAUUCGACUGCUCUUACCUGUUCGAAAAGUGGCAACCGGCGCCAUUGCGAUUCAAGAUCUCCUUGAGCAAAGGACAUAGAUCCUCCAUAAAGCGCCGAAGCCGUUGGCACUUUAUCAGCGUAUCCUCCCACGAUGCCGAUAUUUUGCUAUGCGAACAGUACCACCACCCUACUACUAAGCGAUCAGUACAUUGCGCAGAGCGCGACGAUCAUUCAGACGAUUACGCAGCCACAUUCGACGCAGGGCUUUCGCCCUUCUCGCCUCUCCUGGUUAACAGCAGCGAGUUGGAGACACAAUUAUUCCAAUACUACCUGCAGGUCAUAUGUAAAGUCCGCGUCUUUCAGGAUGAGCCGAGAAACAAAUUUCGCUCACUCGUCAUUCCCUUCUGCUCCCGCCAGAAACCACUCUGGUACGCCGUGCUCUCGAUGAGCGCCAACGACCGGCGAGCAGCCACGGCAACAACCAUCAACUACGCGCAACUCUCUCUAUCCUACAAAUCACUCGCUCUGCAGCUCCUCCGCGAUUCUCUGGCCAAUAUUGAGGAUGUGAACGAAGCUCUCAUGACCUGUCUGAUUUUGUGUUCCCUCGAAAUCGCCUGCGGCUGUCGACCAGACUGGGUCCGACACGCGCAAGGCGCAUUCGCUAUCAUCAACAGCUACGCCUGCGCCCUCGACCCGGAAAUUCUUUUCUUCGCCCAAAGCUACUUCCAAUCCCGGGCUAUCUUCUACCGAACCACAGGCUGCAGCCCCCCGCGUCAGAAAAGUUCCCCUCAUGGCGAUACAGCAUCUUAUACAGCGACAUUACCCACAACCACCGAUCUAAUGAGCCCCGAAAUCUUUCCCUGGGACGUAUAUCCCACCGCCACCAAUAUUCAUGACAAGAAAACCUACCAGCCCCACAUCGGCUGCUCGCUGGGUCUUCUAGACAUAAUCGCGCGGGCCACCGACCUCGUCACCCAAAAACAACACCUCCGAUCCACGCGCACCAGCUCCCUCGCCUCCGAAGGCGCCAUGAUGCACCAAGCGAUGCGCCUGCGCAGCGAACUGAAUGCCCUAGACGAGGACUACCCGCCCACCGCCUCGAACAGCGAGUACCUGGCCACGUGCGGCCGGUGUUUCCGGCUGGCAGCGGACCUCUACCUGCAACUGGCGUGCGACAUCCCGCUGACGCAGCCCACGCUCCGAGCCCUGCUGGCCAAACUGCUGGACAAGAUCGGACGGGUCAUCCGCGAGGACCAGGAGCGGCAGCUGUUCCCCAUGUGGCCGCUCUUCCUGGCAGGAUGUCUGUCGACGGCGGAUGAGGACCGGGUACGCGUGCUGAAUUACUUUACGUAUCUGACGCAGUCGUGGCCGGUGAGUAACGUACCUGUUGCACGGGAGGCGACUGAGACGGUGUGGAAGUGGCGGGACUUGAACCCGCACGACACAGACAGCGGGUUGGAUUGGCAGAUGAUUCUGAGUCGGAUGCACUGGAAGCUUGCCUUGUCAUAGUCCUUCCCUAUCUGUCUUUCCAAGCUGCUCUUAAGAAGCGUUAUGUGAUGUGUAAAUGAUUCAAUAUGACUCUAAGCGA